GUCUGGGAGCUGCAUACCACAUUGAGUCAAGAAUGGGUCAACCAUUUUGCCCUGUCUUAUGCUCAGGUGUCGCUAAGAGGACUUUAAUAUCAUGCAGGAAUAUGUACACAAUGAUCUGUCUCAAAAGAGACCAAUCCCUUUUUAGACUGGCACUUUGUCCAAACUCAUUCAGGCUUUAUACAUUUAAUAGCAGUGCAAAGCUCUUUACAAGUUAUGCUUCAAUCUUCUUUAAUCUCCGUUAUCUGUGUUUUUAUUCAUUUACUAAUAAGGAGGCAUUUAAAACCAAAGCUCCAGUUGGGAUUUUUAAUGCACCCGUACUGAAAAGUCACCCACUGUCCAGACACUUUAACAUUUACCUUAAGAGGAGACAUGUUGUUGGGUUUGCUGAAAAUGGCAGUUUUGUUGCAACAGUUCCUGAAUAUCAGUACCAGUCACAAAAGCGCAGGUUUAGUCAGUGGUCAGCUGCAACUCAAAAAAAACCAGGAGGUAGCAGCCCAGCACAGUCUUCGAAAUCCAAAGAGAAACAGAAAGAGCCAGAGACUGUUGCCUCCAGCGAUGACAAGUCUGAACUGGAUUUAUUUCACAUCAGCUCUUUGGCUACAGUAUUUGGGGAGACCUUCGAUUAUGUUGCCAAACAUGUCAACUCAGUGUUCUCUUCGGAUGAGACAGGUAAAAAGAAAGACCUAUCAUCUAUGUCCCGGAGGGUGAAGAAGAAGAAAAAAAUCCCAGACUCUGGUGAAAAGCCUCAAGUUAAACAACAUAUACAACAGACAACAAUGGAACACAAAAAUGACUCCAACACCUCUGAGGAAUUAUUCCCUCACACUGCGGAACACAUCAAUAAAUACUUUGGCGCCAGCGAUGAUGUAGAUGAAGCUCACAGUGACAAAGAACUUCCUGUCUCAACAAAACCUACCUCAAAAGCUGCGAGCUUGGAAGACAGUUAUUCUCAGACAUCAACUCAUAUCAAUCAGUAUUUUAGAUCACAAAGUGAACAGAAGGACCCUAAUACAAAGAUAGACCUGGCAUCCUUACAGAAAACAUCUUUGAUGGACGUCUUUCGCCGUCCCACUGCUGCUGCUUCACGUUUCCUGAGGUCAAUGUUUCAGGAGACUGAAGUCACUCCUGCUGUGGCUUUACAAGAGAUCACAAUAAAUAAUAGGUGUGUCUUGACCCGCAGACAUGCAGAGGAGACCACGCUUAGGUUAAUAUUGAGACUAGGACAAGCCUCAACUCCAGACGCUAUGACUGCCUGCAUAGAAGUACUCAAUGAACACCUUAUCCGCUUCCCAGCAUGCAAGUCUUUUAUCUGGCAGGGGACAUCUAUAGUCAACCUGUUGAGACUACGGCGAACUUACAAACACCAUCAAGGACUGCAGGCCGCUAUAAGAGAAGCCUUUGCUCUGAUUGGUUAUGUGGAUCCAGUCAAAGGUCGUGGCAUCAGAGUUCUCUCCAUUGAUGGUGGAGGUACUAGAGGUGUUGUACCUCUCCAGUUACUAAAGAUACUAGAAGACGAGACCGGCAGAAAGAUUUACCAGCUGUUUGACUAUAUCUGUGGAGUGAGCACAGGAGCCAUCUUAGCUUUCAUGUUGGGGCUGGCCCGUGUUUCUCUGGAGGAGUGUACUGAAAUGUACCGUCAAAUUGGAACCGAGGUUUUCAAGCAAAACCCGCUAGUUGGCACCGUGAACAUGGGAUGGAGUCAUUCCUACUAUGAUACCGCAACCUGGGAGAAAAUACUACAGGAGACGCUGGGUUCUGAGCUGCUUAUUAAAACAUCCAGAAACAAGUGCACUCCAAAGGUUGCAGCUAUCAGUGCAGUUGUGAACUGGGGCACAGGCCCUAAGGCCUUUGUGUUUCGCAACUACAGCCACAAACCAGGCUGCCCUAGCCGCUUUUCAGGAGGGUCAAGCCACAAGAUGUGGGAGGCAGUGCGUGCAUCAUCAGCCGCACCUGGAUACUUCCAGGAGUUUCUUUUGCAGAAUGACAUCCACCAGGACGGAGGAAUCAUCAUGAACAAUCCCUGCACCUUGGCGGUCCACGAGAGCCGGUUGAUGUGGCCCAACACACCCUUUCAGUGCGUGCUGUCCCUUGGCACUGGACGCUAUGACGAUGUCAAGAGGAGCCCUUCCACCUUCACGAGCCUUCGAGCCAAUAUCAAUAACCUGAUCUUCAGCGCCACCGACACUGAAGGGGUCCACACCCUCUUGGGCGAUUUGCUGCCCCCAGAUGUCUACUUCCGCUUCAACCCCAUGAUGAAUGCUGACGUGUCCUUGGAUGAGAAUCAUCCUGAGACACUGGAUAAGCUUGUGACGGAUACCCAGGACUACCUGAACAUAAAUCGGUCCAAAGUAGCUAAGCUGUGUUUAGUUCUAAGCACACAGCGCUCAUCUAUGAACCAAGCCAAGGACUGGAUUAGUCAGAGGACUUGGGAAAUAAAGAAGACGCUGAUAUGAUUUGGUGAGCUGCAGCUUUUCUACAUGUCAGUUUGUGCAUUGCUGUGAAGCACAUUUACAAAUGCUACAGAAAAAUAGCAAAAGAAUGUAUGGAAUAAAUAAAAAGAAUAAAUACAA